UUCUGUGAGCUCCAGCAUUUCCUCCUAGAGUUCUUCAGCACAAACUGCAUCCUCUUACUGCCCAGGCUUUGCUUCCCACAAAGUCACUGAGUGCUCUUCUGCAAACAUGGCGAUGGAGAAGAAAGAGCUGCAGUUACUGAAUAGCCUCUUUGCCACCUACAUCAAGAAGGUCAAUAAUCAGGUGAAUUAUCAGGAGCACAAUGAAUCCAUCCAUGACAUAGUUGAGGAGAAGAUGAAGGAGCUGUUGAGCAUGGCGCAUGAAGAAGACAACGAGGAAAUAAUCAGGGAGCAGAAAACCUUAACAUUGAGGUUGGAAGCUGAGAAAAAAAGAAGAGAAAUUGCAGAAGACCAGUUAGAUAGGAUUAUAAAGGAGAAGGUUAAAGCUGAGCUGGACUGUGAGUUUCAGAAGAAACGCACUGGACUGCUGGAGCAGGAGAUUCAGUUCUUGAAGGAGAUCUAUGAAGAGAAGAUCAAUGAGCUGCAGAGUCAGAACCAGACUGAGACCGAUAAUAACAAUUCAGACCUGAUGGAAACACUGGAAAAGAUCAGGGAGCGUGUUAAGAGGAUCAGUCUUGAAAAACACCAGUCAAAGAUGCAGAAUAUAGAGUCAGAGUUCGGGAGAAUGAAAGAGAAUAUGGCGAAACUGAUGAACAACCUAAAAGGAUAUGAGGAAAGACUCAACAACAGCACGGACCUGGAGGCUGAUAUUGAACAUUACGCAAAGCUGCUGGAAAAAAUGAAAGAAAG